UAGUUAUAAUAAUAAUAUACUUUAUUUGUAUCCCAUUUUGUAUUUUAUUUGGGAUUUAAUAAUAAUAAUUUAUUUGUAUCCUAUCUUUCUCCCCAUAGGGACUCAAUAAUAAUAAUAAUAAUAAUAAUAAUAAUAAUAAUAAUAAUAAUAAUAAUAAAAUUACAUUGUUAACCCAGGGUCGAAAUUUGCAUUCUACAUAGUGUUAUGCUCUGUACAUAAAUAUUGCAGCAUUAUUAUUAUUAUUAUUAUUAUUAUUAUUAUUAUUUGACAUAGAUAACCCAGGGUCAAAAUCUGUGUUCUACGUAGUGUUAUGCUCCCUAUUAUUAUUAUUAUGACAUUGAUAACCCAUGGGCAAAAUCUGUGUUCUACAUAGUGUUAUGCUCAUUAUUAUUAUUAUUAUUAUUAUUAUUAUUAUUACAUAGAUAACCUAUAGGCAAAAUCUGUGUUCUACGUAGUGUUAUGCUCCCUAUUUAUUAUUAUUAUUAUUACUAUUAUUUAUUAUUAUUAUUAUUAUGACAUUGAUAACCCAUGGGCAAGAUUUGUGUUCUACGUAGUGUUAUGCUCAUUAUUAUCAUUAUCAUCAUUAUUAUUAUUACAUAGAUAACCCAUGGCAAAAUCUGUGUUCUACGUAGUGUUAUGCUCCCUAUUAUCGUUAUCAUUAUUAUUAUUAUUAUUAUUAUUAUUACAUAAUAAUAAUAUUUACCCAGGGUCAAAAUCUGUUCUACAUAGUGUUAGGCUCAUUAUUAUUAUUAUUAUUAUUAUUUUUAUUUUUAUUAUUACAUAGAUAACCCAGGGUCAAAAUCUGUGUUCUACGUAGUGUUAUGCUCCCUAUCAUCAUCAUCAUCAUCAUCAUCAUCAUCAUCAUCAUUAUUUAUCAUUAUUAUUAUUAUUAUUAUUAUUAUUAUUAUUAUUAUUAUUAUUAUUGUUACAUUAGUAACCCAGGGUCAAAAUCUGUGUUCUAAGUAGUGUUAUGCUCCCUAUUAUCAUUAUUAUUAUUUUUAUUAUCAUUAUUAUUAUUAUUAUGACAUAGAUAACCCAGGCUGAAAAUCUGUGUUCUACGUAGUGUUAUGCUCCCUAUUAUUAUUAUUAUUAUUAUUACAUAGAUAACCCAGGCUCAAAAUCUGUGUUCUACGUAGUGUUAUGCUCCCUAUCAUCAUCGUCAUCAUCAUCAUCAUCAUUAUUAUUAUUAUUAUUAUUACAUAGAUAACCCAGGCUCAAAAUCUGUGUUCUACGUAGUUAUUAUUAUUAUUACAUAGCUAACCCAGGCUCAAAAUCUGUGUUCUACGUAGUGUUAUGCUCCCCAUUAUCAUUAUUAUUAUUAUUAUUAUUAUUACAUAGAUAACCCAUGGGCAAGAUUUGUGUUCUACAUAGUGUUAUGCUUAUUAUUAUUAUUAUUAUUAUUAUUAUUAUUAUUAUUAUUAUUAUUAUAUGGCAUUGAUCACCCAGCAUCAAAAAUUGUGUUCUACGUAGUGUUAUGCUCCCUAUUAUUAUUAUUAUUAUUAUUAUUAUUAUUAUUAUUAUUAUUAUAUGACAUCGAUAACUCAUGGGCAAUAUUUUUGUUAUGCUCUGUACAUAUAUAUUGCAACCUGUUGCCGAAGGUGUGCUGGGCAUAAUAUGCUUCUUCCCCCAAACUUUUGGAUCCGACGGGCGGGGAGAUAAGCCCGAGGGCCCGAAAUAGCUUGCUUAACGUGAAAGGUUAACGUGGUAAUCUCAUUACGGCGCUAAAGAGCUUGUGUUGGGGACGGCGGCUGGGGUUGCGGGAGCCGGAGAGACCCAUCGAGGAGGAAUAGGGACAAAACCUUGCGUCUGUUUUGGACCGUAUUUGGGGUCGGGGGCCGGAGAAGUCCAUCUUUUGGGGACGAUGUCGGGGACGCGGCGGAGAUCGGUGAGCCUGUCGUCGAACUUGAAGAUCGGGGACUACCGCCGUUGUUGCUUGACGCCGGCGGAGGAAGAGCUGCACAUCCCGUUUGCGCAGGACAAGGUGGUGAAGCCGUGGUGCUCGAUGCACAACGUCUCCGGCAUGCGGCACGGAGGUUACGCCGCCCGGCGCACCCGCAGCGGCAACAUGAACCUCAACAUCGGUGGCCGGCGGUUCCAGAUGUCGUACGCGGCGGCCGCGCGGCACCCGACCACCCGCCUGGGCCGACUGGCGGCGGCGUCGCAACCGUCCCUUCGCGCGGCGCUGUGCGACGACUACUCGGUGCCCGAGAACGAGUUCUUCUUCGACCGCGACCCGGUGGUGUUCCUGUACGUGUUCCACUUCUACCGCAGCGGGGUGAUGUGGGUGAUGGAGGAGCUGUGCCCGUCCAACUUUGCGGAGGAGGUGGCCUACUGGGGCCUGCACAUGAAAUACGCCCAGCGGUGUUGCCGCAUCUUGUUCGAGGAGAAGCAGGACGAGCUGGCCGAGUAUCUCAAGAUCCAGCGCGAGUUGGAAGCCGAGCUCGAGCCGGUGGAACGCGAGGAGCACUUUGAGGGGAAGUUUCUCGGCGGGCUGCGCAAGGCGAUCUGGAACCUGAUCGAGAACCCGUACUCGUCCAUCCCGGCCAAGGUGAUCGCCAUCCUCUCCAGCUUCUUCGUGCUGAUCUCCAUCGUUGGAAUGACGCUGAGCACGGUCGAAGAGAUGCAGCACAAGGCGAGCAAGCGUUGCAUGCAGCAGCUGGAGACGGUGUGCGCGGUGUUCUUCACGGUGGAGUACCUGAUGCGGCUGGCCUCCACCUCCACCCUGCGCCAGUUCCUGCGCGCGGCCUUCAGCGCCAUCGACCUGGUGGCCAUCCUGCCCUUCUACGUCCAGCUGCUCUUUGAGAGCCUGGGCGAGGGCGAGGGCGGCCCCGGCGGGGACUACCAGGAGGAGCUCCACCGCAUGCGCUCCGUGGGAAAGCUGGGCAAGGUGCUCAAGCUCAUCAAGCUCAUGCGCAUCUUCCGCAUCCUCAAGCUGGCCCGGCACUCCACCGGCCUCCGCGCCUUCGGCUUCACCCUCCGACAGUGCUACCAGCAGGUCUGCUGCCUCUUCCUCUUCAUCGCCAUGGGCGUCUUCACCUUCUCCGCUCUCAUGCACUCCGUCGAGCACGACGUGCCCGGCACUAACUUCACCAGCAUCCCCGACGCAUGGUGGUGGGCCGCCGUGAGCCUCUCGACGGUGGGCUACGGGGACACGGUUCCGGACACGUUCCUGGGCCGCGUGGUGGCCUUCGGCUGCAUCUCCUUCGGGAUCAUCCUCAACGGGAUGCCCAUCUCCAUCCUCUACAACAAGUUCUCCGACUACUACGCCAAGCUCAAGUCCCACGAGGUCCAGGCCACCGGGUCCCUCAAGGCCGCCCGCGAGCUGCGCCUCAAGGAGCGCGCCUGGAGGAAGUUCACCCAGGCCUGCUGCGCCGAGUACGGCGGGCACGAAGCCCCCGGCACCCCCGCCCACACGCGCAGGCCCGAGCCCCCCAGCCCCGCCCACCGCCCCACACCCACCCCCGCACCCGUCGCCCGGCAGCCGGAGCCCGCCCCGCGCGCCCCACGCACCCCCAUGGGACGCCGGCUGGACUACCCGGUCCCCCACCCGCACCACGACUACCUGGACCACCACCCGGCCCACCUCACCCUGCUCUCCGGACACCCCACCCCGCCCCCGCCCUACGUCUUCCCGCCCCCCGCCCUCCAGAGGCACCGCUCCCGGAAGAGGGCCGAGCACCACGAGGGUUAAGGGAGAGGCAGUGGGCGGGGUCAUGCAGAUGAGAUACAAAUAAUGUAUGUAAAUUAUAAUGUAUAACUCUCCACAUGCAAAUACCACAAUGACGGGGAGAAAAAUGAUACAAAUAAUAUAUAAAAAUUAUAAUUUAUAACUCUCCACAAGCGUUUCCAGUAUGUGCGCCAUGGGAAAGGGUAGGAAAGGGUUAAGGGAGAGGCAGUGGGCGGGGCCAUGCAAAUUCCACACCGACGAGGAGAAAGAUGGGAUACAAAUAAUGUAUAUAAAUUAUAAUUUAUAAAUCUCCACAAACCUCUACAUUAUGUUCAGUUGCUGAGCCAUUCUUCUAUAGGAAAGGGUAGGAAAGGGUUAAGGGAGAGGCGGUGGGCGGGGCCAUGCAAAUUCCACACCGACGGGGAGAAAAAUGAUACAAAUAAUAUAUAAAAAUUAUAAUUUAUAACUCUCCACAAACGUUUCCAGUAUGUGCGCCAUGGGAAAGGGUAGGAAAGGGUUAAGGGAGAGGCCGUGGGCGGGGUCAUGCAGAUGAGAUACAAAUAAUGUAUAUAAAUUAUAAUGUAUAACUCUCCAGUAUAUCAACCAUAAGAAAGGGUAGGAAAGGGUUAAGGGAGAGGUCAGUGGGCGGGGUCAUGCAAAUUCCACACCGACAGGGAGAAAGAUGGGAUACAAAUAAUGUAUAUAAAACAUAAUUUAUAA